AUGGCUCUCGUGUGCAAGUGGGACAAGCCCGUCUGCCGGCGCACGUUCCCCACCGCCGAGGAACUGUUCAACCAUCUUUGCGACGGCCAUGUCGGCCGGAAACGGCACGGCAAUCUGAGCCUGAACUGCAGCUGGGAGGCCUGCGACCAUAAGGCUGCCAAACGCGACCAUAUGACUUCUCACAUGAUGGUGCACUGUCCCCUGCAGACCAAUGUAUGCGGGAUCUGCAGCAAGACAUUCAAGCGUUCGUACGACCUCCGCAAGCACGAGAUCACCCAUACGGCGGCCCACCACCAGGCGCACGGCCGCUCGCGGGCGACGGUCUACCAGGACGUGGACAUCUCGCUGGGGCAUCAACAGCGGCCCCGCCCCGAUGGCCCACAACCCCGCCCUCGCCAUCUCGCCCUCCCCCGUCCUGCCCCAUCCGCCCGGCCGGGGCGCCCCGGACGCGAAGAACAAAAUCAAACCGAACGAUCCGCCUACCAUCCGCGCCCCGACCUCCACAUCCCCGGCCCGCCCUCCCAGCAGCAGCACCACCACGCCGGCGGAGCCCCGCCCGCCGCCCUCCAGCCCCAGCCCCAGCCCCCGCCCCCGAAUACCAACGUCCUCCUCGACCUCGACCCGGAUACCUUGCCCAGUAACAUGAAGAAAGAGGGCGUCGAUUGGAUGACCAUGUUCAACCCCAAGGUCAAGAAGGUCCUCGACGUCGGCCUCGUCCAUACCCUCGUCCACGACAGCGUCGUCUGCUGUGUCAAGUUCUCCCCCGACGGAACUAUCCUCGCUACCGGAUGCAACCGGUAUACGUCGCUCUACAACACCCGCACCGGGUCCAAGAUAUGUCAACUGUUGGACGAUGCGCACGGCACCCAAGUCGCCGACAAUUAUAUCCGCAGUGCGUCGUUUAGUCCGGACGGCAAGCUGCUAGCCACAGGGUCGGAAGACCGGAUCAUCAGGAUAUGGGAUGUGGGGCAGAAGCGGAUAGUGAACCGGUUUCAGGGGCACAAGUCGGAGAUCUAUUCUCUGGCCUUCUCGCCGGAUGGCCGGAUGUUAGUGUCGGGCUCGGGGGACAAGACGGCGCGGAUAUGGGACAUGACGCUAGGCAGCUGUCUGUUCCAUCUGAUGAUCGAGGAGACGGGGGGAGCGAGCGACGGGAGCGCGGUGGAUGCGGGGGUGACGUCGGUGUGUGUGUCGCCGGACGGCUCGCUGCUUGCGGCGGGCUCGCUGGACACGGUGGUGCGGCUGUGGGACACGUCGAACGGGCUCCUGCUCGACAAGCUCAAGGGCCACAACGACUCGGUCUACUCCGUCGCCUUCUCCCCCGACGGCAAGUUCCUCGUCUCCGGCAGCCUCGACAAGACCCUCAAGCUCUGGGACCUCGCCACCCUCAAUCGCGACGGCAACCCCCCCUUCAACGCCGCCCUCACCAACGGGGAGAAGAUCACAAGCGACCGCGGCUUCGACCCCUCCCGUCCCUCAACCUCCUGCACCACCACGCUCACCGGCCACAAAGACUACGUCUUGUCGGUCGCCGUGUCGCCCGACGGCGAGUGGAUCAUGUCCGGCUCGAAGGACCGCGGCGUGCAGUUCUGGGACCCCAAGACGGCGAUGGCCCAGUUCAUGCUCCAAGGCCACAAGAACUCCGUUAUCUCGAUCGCCGUGUCCGACUCCGGCGGCCUGCUGGCCACCGGAUCCGGCGAUUGGCACGCCAGGAUCUGGUCCUACGAGCGCAUCGCCAAGAAGUAA